AUGGACGCCACUGAUAUCCGAACCCACCACGAUGUGACAGGCCGUGCCCAGAGAGCCGCAAUCGCCGCCUUCCUGAAUCGUGGCCAGAGAACCGCCAUCGCCAUCCUCAAUGGACGGCCUCCUAGCUCCGCCACAAGCCCUGGGCUAGCGUCUCUCAUCGUUGUCCUGAGAGUCAUCUAUGCCUAUCUCCUUACUCAACCUGGAGCUCUCCCGUUCCUCGACUGGGUGAAGUCGGAGGAGAAACAGAAUACAAUCUUGCGCGCCGCAUGGCACCCAUUUGGCGACGAGCCAGAGGAGAUCAAGCUAGCAACCAGAUCCAUGAACAAGUGGGUCGAGGAUCUUCGUUCCAAGGGCUUCUCACCCAAUGAGUCCUUCUACACGCUCUGCGAAUCGUCGCUCAUGAAGAACACUUUCUGGUCUCACCCUGGCAUCCGUGUCGUCCGUCCUCCCGCCCAGGUGGAAAGCAGCAACGCUGCCGGCAGCUAUCUCCAUGCCGACUUGCUCGAGUUCCGUCCUGCUCAAAAGCCAGGUCAGACUCUCCAGGCUUUCGCCGAUGACCUUUUCGAGACGACCACCGCGAGACCUCCCAUCAUCCGCCUUCUUUAUCACUCCGAUGAGAAGCAGCCCAUCGAUUUCAAGGACCUCCGAAGCUUCCGUCCCCCAGUCUCAAGUGAUGCUGCCCAUGGCAUGCAGAAGACAUAUAUGGUCCUUGCGAUUGUUCGCCUCAAUGACAAAAGCCACAAAAACGACUACGUCCGUACUUAUUCGAUCGACGGGCCCAACCUCAUCGCCGAAUAUGAGCCCCCAUCGUUCAUGGCUCAUCGAUGGUCUGUCCGGGAUGCUCCUGUCAAGUACAUGCUCAUAUAUGGGCUUCACGAGUCAUGGUCACAUAACCUACCGGAUCUCGCCAGUCUUCCUGAAAUCGCCACUUAUCCUGUCUCCAAAGCCCAGAUCUCUUUUCUUCGAGGCGUUCAUGAUGACCUCAAGGGUAUGCUGACACUGAAGGCAGCUGAAGCUGAUUCGGCAGCGGCUGCUGGAGACACUCAGCAAUCGGAAACAGAGUACAAGGAUUCCCGGAUUUCUUCUGACGGAACCUACUUCCGAAAGGCAGCUUGGAAGGUCAAGGAGAACUCUCCUGGGUAUGGAUCCGAUCGCCCCUACAGAGAGUAG